AUGACGGCUGUACGAGCAUCGUCUGACCGCUCCGACGUCGAGCACGUUGCUCAAGAGAAGGACUCUGUUGCCCAUAAUGAGUUCCAACAAAACAGCGGCAUGAGCCCUGAGGAUGCAGACUUCCUCGCCAAUUUCCCGGAGGAAAGGAAGAAGAAGGCUGUCCGCAAAGUUGAUUUUCGACUAGUUCCAAUGCUUGUCCUCCUCUACCUUAUGGCCUAUUUGGACAAGACCAACAUUGGAAAUGCCAAGAUCGAAGGCCUCCUUGACAGUCUCCAUAUGACGGGAGUCGAUUACAACAUCGCGUUGUCCGUCUUCUUCAUCCCGUUUGUCUUGGCCGAAGUCCCCAGUAAUAUGGUGCUGCACAUGUUCAAGAGACCAUCUCUCUACAUUGGCGGAAUCGUUAUUUGUUGGGGUAUUGUCAUGACGUGCAAUGGAGUUGUCCAAAACUUUGGGGGCUUGGUUGCCGUGAGGAUUUUCCUCGGUCUGUUCGAAGCCGGUUUCCUCCCUGGUGCGAUCCUGAUCAUCUCCAAAUGGUACCUCCCCAACGAGACACAAACCCGCAUCGCUAUUCUCUACACCUCUGCCGCGUCUGGAGGGGCAUUUUCAGGUCUCCUGGCGUUUGCAAUUGCCAAGAUGGAUGGAGUGGGCGGAUACGAGGGCUGGAGAUGGAUCUUCAUCCUCGAAGGGUUAGCUACGGUCCUGAUAGGUGUCAUGUGUUUCUUCUUUCUUGUGGAUUCUCCUGCCCUCUCCAAAUGGCUCGAACCCGAAGAAAUCCGCUUUCUGGAACUACGACAACAAGCCCGGCGGGUUGUGCGACCCAACGAAUUCCGAGACCAUCACUUCGAUAAGCAUGCAUUUCUCUCCGUGUUGACAGACUGGAAGAUUUAUCUCCUAGUCUUGGCCAACUGGUCGAACGCUGUUCCAAAUUACGCACUUAAGUUUACGAUGCCUCAGAUUAUCAAGAACAUGGGCUUCACAUCUGCCAACGCUCAGCUGUUGACGAUCCCGCCGUAUGCUGUGGGUGCUAUAUCCGCGUACCUGUUUUCAGUUUUUGCGGACAAAUAUUCUUGGCGAAUGCCGUUCAUCCUCGGCCCGCAAUUGCUCCUGGUUGUUGCGUUCACCAUCCUAUUUACUAAGAGCGAGGACAUUAAGGACAACAUUGCUCUGAACUACUUUGCCAUUUGCCUAGCGUGCUUCGGAAUGUACCCCAUUCUUCCAGGAGUCAACGCCUGGAACGUCGCCAACACCCCGAGUCCUACCAAGCGAGCAAUCAGCAUCGGCUUUCUCGUCUGUGUCGGCAACAUUGGUGGCCUCAUCGGUAGCUAUAUCUACAUGGACAAGGAGGCUCCGAGGUAUCCGACCGGGUAUGGGACUUCAUUCGGAUUCGCGUCGGCAGGAAUAAUUGCGGUCAUCACGUUGGAGGCAUUGUUAUAUAGGAGGAACAAGAAGAAGGAGCUCAUGACUGAAGACGAAGUCAGACAAAGACAUUCCGACGAGGAACUUGAUCGCAUGGGAGAAAAGAGCCCGCUCUUCAAGUAUGCUCUGUGA